ACAGAAUUCCUAAUCAGUCGCAAGAGGUUCCUCCCUUUUUUUCUUGUUAAUUAAUCUCACCCUUAAAAGAAGGGAUUUCAAAAAAUGUUCCAAUGUUGUAGAUGAUUAGCGCUAUCGCUCCUUUUUUAUCCAAAGGCUCAGGUUUCUUGCAGACCUUUCUUAUAAAAAUUGAGUGUGAAUCAACCUUUUCGUGUUAUUUAUUUUUGUUUAUAUUAAAACGGUCCGAAUUUUUUCUAUAAAUUUGUUUCGACUUGUCAAACUUUUUAAGAAAUCGAGGAGAAUUGAAUUUUGAGACAGUAAUUAGAAAUAUAAUGAAUCGAUGAAAUUUCUUAUCUAAACAGUGUAUUGUCAGAGGUUAGUUAAAAAAUUUUUACUGAAUGACCUCCCCUCAACCGAACCAGAUCAGACUGGUAUUCUUGUUUGAUGCCCUGUGGACAUGUGACCUGUAGCUGUGUGGUCCAAAAAAAAUUUGCUGUAGUGCCUUGUCGUACCAAUGCACUAGACGUAAGUGUGGUAUGUGACAGGGAGAUAAGGUACAUGUAUAUUAUUUGCCUUCAAGAGAAAGGAGGACCAGUUUAGCUACCUGCAAAGCAGUUGAGAUGAAAUCAUAAACAAUAGCACAACACGUGAACUCUUGACAAGUAAACAAGUUUGAUGAAACAUGGAAACGGAAAGAAAUAAUGAGAACGACUGUUUGAGCCCAAAGGAACAGAAGGUUGCUGUUAACUUUAUUUGGAGUCAACCAGAUUUUUCCCCAGAAGCAACAGCUGUCGACCUUAUUGUAGGCCACGCUGUUGGUGCUAACAAUGAUAUUUUUGAAAUGUACAUGGAGGGGACAGAAUUGAAGGAAAAUACGCCAAUUUCAGAAUAUAGACUUGAAAAAAUGACAGAUUCUUCAAACUGUACCUCAUUUGAUAUCAAAAUUAAUUUACCAAAGAACUCAUACCAAUUUCUGUUUCGAAUUGAGGAUGUCAACAACUUAAUUUCUUUGGCAGUCAGUGAAAGUUACAAACAAAUACAACUUGUCAGUGGGAGGACAGUAAAUUACUUGGAAGUAGAUGAUAACAAUUGCAGCACAAAGGAAGACAAAGAUGAAUUUAUGGAUGUCAAUGAAUCAGCCCCAUUGGUUGAAGGCGAGAGAAGAAAGAAUGGAAAAAGGGAAAAAGGAACAAGGUGUGGAUGCACACCAGGCAAUUGUUCUGUUCUGUAAUUUCCUAUUUUUCAAGUGAAUAGUUGAAGAAACAACACCUAUUUAAUGUUUACAAUGAAGUGCAAUGAUUGGUAGAUGGAAGGUAAAAUGGAUAUGCACUCACCCCAAAAAACUGAUAACUGAAAAACCUUUUUACAUUGCUCUCAUUAUCAGGGUAGCUCUAAGGUAUUUUGCUCCAAGCCUGACUUCACUACCCCUGACUAAAAGUAAUGGGGUCUGGGGCUCCGGUUUACAUCUCACCAGUACAAUAGUAAUAGUUUGAGAGCUAUAGGAACAAAAGGGAUUGCACAAGCCCAUUGAAAGGUUUUUAGAGUUGCACAAGCCCCUUGAGAAAAGUGUAGCUACAGCCUGAUAACCAAUGUCUUAUUUCAGAACAGGUCUUACUCUGUAGCUCUUUCAUGAUGAAUUACAUGAACUGUAAGGCAGGAGGGCAAAGCACAGAAAAAAGUGCAAUACUUACAGAACCUGAAACUAGUGCACUGCAGGGAUGCCAGAAAGGCUCAAAGGGUUGUAAACCUAGAAGUUCAAGAAAUAUUCAGCUGUUUCCUCAUGCUUUGCUGAGUUUUUCUGAACUAGUUAUAGGAUAAUUUAUUUAUUAAGUCAAUUUAGAAUUGAUUUGUUCUGAGAUGCUGUUUGAAACUUCCAAAAAAGGAAUGUGGUUGAAUUAGAUAUCAUGAUCAUUCUUUGUGUUGGAUUUAGAAAUUAGUUUUUGAUUUUGUUGUUCACCUUUUAGUAAUUUGAA